GGAAGAAGGGCAAGGGCCCUAUUUGUUUGCAGGUGGAAAAAUUUCUUUUGAAGACACUGACGCGAGAAGUGCUGUGUGUGUGCGAUGCUAUGUCGAGUCGGACUGAGUCCACUUCUGAGCAGUCACCGAGUCGCUGUGUAGACGGGCAUGGCACGACAGAGGAAAAUAUUUCCUCAGUGCAAGACGAACAUCUUUUUCUAAAAGCGUUUUCUACCUGGUGGUUGCCCUCUCCCUCAUUUACACAGCAAAGAGUCAAAACUGCAGAGCGGACCUUAUUGCACCGCUCGAGGAGGGAUGCGGGCCGCAGCAGCAAGCCAGUUGCUGCUCGUGGCGGUACUGCCCGUCAGGCAAGCCAACGCAAAAGACGAGCACUCCUCAAAGCAUUCGUCGUCGUCUAAGGAGACGCUGAAAUGCGAGGGGACGCAGAAGGAGGUAUCCGACUGCGGGAACGCUAUGUGCGACGGGUGCUACCCAACAGAUUGCGUGUGGGGCCAGUGGUCUGAAUAUGGUCCCUGCACCUGUGAAGGGUUGCAAGUAAGUUGUACAUUGUUGCUGUUGGUUCAUCGUGCUGCAAUGAAUUACGAAGGCGUAGUUCUUUCCUCGUAGGUUAACACUGAUUGAACGCAAAAUUUUCAUAGAUUCUUGCUAUCUCCCGCCCUUUCCAUUUGUAUCAGGAGCGACACCGCGGCAUUGAUCAAGAGAACAACGAAUGCGGAAAGCCGUGCAGCGGCAGCAAGGUAGAGACCGUAACCUGUCACCCGGAGUGCGUGAAGGACCCGGUAGACUGCAAACUGAGUGAGUGGUCCUACUGGUCAGACUGCGACAAAGAGUGUGACGGCGGGCAGCGCACGCGCACGCGGGAAAUCACCACCGAGGAAAAGAACGGCGGAAAACCGUGUAAGGGUUCCCUGAAAGAGACGAAGGAGUGCAACACGAGACCCUGCCACUCCGCUGCGGACUGCCAGUUGUCCGAGUGGAGCAGUUGGGGCGAGUAUUCACUUUUGCGACCGCUCUAGUUGUUUAUUCAGCGAACAAACCACGGGUUGGCAGUACAUUCAUUCUUCUCCGAAAAAUGCGCGGAACUUGCAAAGUGGUGUCCGCGGCUGCGAUUUUAGUUGUCAUCAUCUCGGUCGUGACUGAUGUAGCAGGUCACAGGCGGCGGUUCCAGAUGUAUGUAAAGAACCAAACAAGCUACUACAACGCUCAGGUGCUCCAAAUCCUGCGGUGGAGGUCAGCAGCAGAAAACGCGAACAAUCGAGGUGGCGGCGAAAUUCGGUGGCCAGCCCUGCACAGACCCGUUAGUAGAAAUCCAAGGCUGCAACGAGCAGGUUUGCGAGGAUCCGGUCGACUGUCAGUGGGGUACAAUGAAAUAUAAAUUUCUGAUUGCAGUGCUGAUUGUGAAUCUGAUCCAAGUUCAGAAUGAUGUACCAAAAUAAGUAGAAUAGUCUGUAUACUAACUGUGUCUUCAUUCGUUCGUAUCUAUCGGGCGCCCGGCAGUUUUCCGUGUUGCGAUUGCAAACACAGCACGAAAAAUCUGAAUCCUUUCGCUCAGGUGAGUGGUCCUCUUACUCGGCGUGCAGCAAAACUUGCAACGGCGGUGAGAAAACACGGUCUAGGCUGAUCACGGUCGCACCACGCGCGGGUGGCAAGCUCUGCGACGACAAGAGCAUGUCCGAAGUAGCACCGUGCGCUUUGGAAACUUGCGAGACCCCGGUCGACUGCGAAUUAUCGGAGUGGUCAGAUUGGGACGACUGCUCGUGCUCAUGCAAUGGUAAAGCGUUUUUGGAUCUAGCAAUCUGCCAUGCAAAGAAAGCAAGGCUAAGACAAGCAAACAGUCAUGGUCAUCUCAAAUUGCAAUUGCAAAAAGUGUAAGUGGAGGAGGAGAUUCUGUUGUGACGACGAAUCCAAUUUUUAGGUAUCCACGCACGUGCCCGUUACGUUUCCACGUACCCUUUGAAGGGCGGCAAGCCGUGCGACGGGUCAUUGAAAGAGAUCAAGAGUUGCAACGUCGACAACUGCAAUAUCAAGCCGACCACUCCGGCCCCCUCGGUGGACUGCGCUCUAGGCUCUUGGAGCGACUGGACGUCUUGCUCCGUGACCUGCGGUGGCGGGGAGCAAACGCGCAACCGAAUUGUGUUCACGCAACCGAAAUACGGCGGAAAGAUCUGCAGCGGUACGAAAACGAAUGCGAUUUUAUUAUGCGAAAAAUGUUGAGGUGUUUCUGUUUCCGUUUCGGCUCGUUGAGUGCUUGGAGCAUGAUGUUACGGCACGGACAGAUACGUAGGCACAGCGGUUAAAUGCAGGAUCUACAACAUCACUCGCCGCUGAGCAGCUUUAGUAGUCUUGUUUCCUCUAUCACGUUGUUUACCAAUCUUAAGGUGAUCUGAAGGAGAUUCGAGGGUGCAACACGGAGGUGUGCGUGAACGAAGACGGACACAAGACCGUGAAGGACUGCGUUUGGAGCGACUGGGACAGCUGGGGCGCGUGCUCUGUUACCUGCGGCGGGGGGCAGAAGGUGCGCGAGCGCCAGGUGAUGACCAUGCCGAACAAGUACGGGAGCCAGUGUGCGCCGGACGAGAAGUCCAGUAUGGAGAUCUCGGCCUGCAACGUGCAGCCGUGCGUGGCGGUGGACUGUCAGUGGGGCGACUGGAGUGACUGGGGCGCCUGCACUUGCACGGGGCUUAUGGAGCGCCACCGAUCGAUCGGCGUGCAUCAGCAGGGUGCCGGCAAACUGUGCGAGGGCCCGAAGGUGGAAACCCAGAGGUGCGAGAACCCGGAGUGUGUGAAGGAGCCGCAGGACUGCGUCCUCUCGGAGUGGGACUCGUGGUCGCAGUGCACCGCAGCGUGCGGCGGGGGCCAGACCUACCGGACCCGGGGCAUUCUGAAGGAGGCGAAGAACGGCGGCAAAACCUGCGAGAACGACGUGAUGAAGGAAACCAAGCCGUGCAACGAGGAGGUGUGCGCGCAGCCGAUCGAUUGCGAAGUGAGCGCGUGGGAUAUUAAGAGGAAAAAUCCCCCCUCCCCAUAUCGAAAUGGUAUGUUUCCGGAAAUUUGUGUUGCUGAUUUGAGACCUCAAAUCACGUCGGUCUUGCAAGAAGGCAACUCCACAAGCUCCGCAGCAUUGUGCAGGCGGUUUGUGAUGCUGAUGGGCCUACAACACGGACGUUUCUCAUGCUAGACGCCUAGGCCAGAGCCUCUCUACUUAGGCUUAGUAUGGGGCUGCAUUCCUCUCCAGCAAGACAAAUCUUAUGUGUGUACGCAAAUCCUGCAUCAGAAGCUUCGUUUUGAUAUGGGGAGGGGGGAUUUUUCCUUUUGAUAUGGGAGCCCUGGAGCAGCUGCUCCGCCACGUGCAACGGCGGCCAGCGGUUCCGCCGCCGCGUCAUCGAGCAGCACGCCGCGGCGGGGGGCAAGUCCUGCGACUACGACCUGGAGGAGGUGGAGGCCUGCGGUACCGAGCCGUGCAAGACCCCGGUGGACUGCGUGUGGGGCAACUGGGAGGGAUGGUCGGACUGCUCCGCCAGCUGCGGUGGCGGACAAAAAUCACGCGACCGACAUGUGUCCGUCAGUCCCAGGAACGGAGGUAAGCGUGGUUUCUGUGCUGGGCGCGAGUUUUCAAGUUUACCCCGUCUAGGAUCGAUUCUUUUGGCCAAGUUGUAGUUGCGGAUGAACCAAAACUGCGACAGUGUCGCGAUUCCAUGUACAACGGCUGACUACACAAACAGGAAGCAGUGAGUCGACGUUCAUACUCAUUCACCCAGUGCAAAUCAAAACUAAAAGGUAAACUCUGCGAGGCGAAGUCCAAGGAGGAGGUUGCGCCCUGCAACACGCACGAGUGUGGUGAGGGCUGCGUCGACGGAGUGUGGGGCGCAUGGAGCUAUUGGGGCGCCUGCAGUGCCAGCUGCGGGGAGGGUUACCAGGUGCGCAGCCGGAAGAUCGAUACGCCGCCGAACCACUGCGGCGCAGAAUUGGAAGGGAUGAAGCAGGAGUUCCAAAAGUGCAACGAGCGCGAGUGCAGUGACGAGUCCGUGGAUUGCGUGUUCAGCGAUUGGACCGCAUUCGGCGACUGCACCGACCCUUGCAACGGCAUCAAAGACCGCACCCGCCGGAUCACGCAAACCAGCUCCAAGGGCGGCAAGCCCUGCGACGGAGCCACGAAAGAGGUAAGUGUCACAGGCGCUGCGAUGGCGGAUGAACCUGCUACUUUCAGAUGCAACGAAUCAACUGAACACAAUAUUAAAUCAACCGGCCCACGUAUGCUUACUCAUAAUUGUCACUCAAAUUAUUAAACAAAUGCAAAGUCGAUCCUCGUUCCUAUGCAGGUCGAGCCAUGCAACAUCCCUGGUGACGGAACGACGGACUACGGGGAGAACUGUAAAAACGAGCCAGUCGACUGUGUCCUCGGGGAGUGGAGCUACUGGAGUGACUGCAGCGCCGAGUGCGAAGGCGGAUCCCAGGUUCGUACGCGAGACAUUGUCACGAAACCCAAAGGUUCUGGUAAGCCUUGCGAGGGGUCUCUUGAGCAGGUGCAGGGCUGCAACGCCUUCGUUUGCUCGAACGCCGUGGACUGCGAAUGGGGUAAAAAGUCCUCUUCUUUUCGCCUUCUCGCGGUCGAGCGUGUUGUGGUUGGCUGACCAAAUAGAGUCGCAACAUAUAAUCCCUCCGAUCUUGCAUCUGAUCUAGUGUGAUUUAGCCACGUAAUAUUGUCCUACAGACAGCACUUUGCUUAAGUAAGCGCAUAGUCAGCAACAAAACUACCCAGGUGAAUGGCAGGGCUGGGGUGCGUGCAGUAAAGCCUGCGGCGGUGGCGAAAAGUCGCGGUUCAGGCACAUCAUCACCAUGCCGAAGCACUCGGGAAAACCGUGCGACCACAAGAAGUCGGUGGAGGUGGAGCCCUGUAACAUGCAGGUAUGCGGCGAGGUGCAGUACUGUGGUUGGGGGGAGUGGUCGGGCUUCUCAGAAUGCUCGACCACUUGCGGGCCCGGUCAAAUGACAAGGACGAGGUACGUUCAUGUUUUUUUUCAUGCGAUAGAAAACCACACUGGCUCUUUGCCCGCUCGAACGGAAUUCACAGAAGCGUUUAGAACAAACUACAGCAGCUCUACCUCAGUGAAAAAGAGUUUGGAAAAUUCUAUAUGCUGAACCAAUACAAAAACAGAAAACUUGGUUUGACUACAAGUCAACCGUACGAGGACUCCGAUGUCAUGGUGACUGGCAUACUAGCGUCCGUUUUCCAGAGCAUAAACACGAACAAGCUCGACCACCUGCUGCUCGUCUUUUUCGCGGGUAUGGCCAUGAGCAUUGCGCUUCUGGCGCUCGCGUACGCCGGAAUCGGGAGGAUGAACAUUCGGGGUGGCGCUUUGGGGGCUACGGUGCCCGGGGCUGACCACGAACUCUUGGAGCCGCAGGAUAGGGACGAGCCGGUGGAGUAG